GAAAGUUAUUAUUGGUUGAAGCAGCAAUGGUGGUUUUGGGAGUUGUUUCUCCACAGUAUAUCCUCCCUUUAGUUCCCAUAUGUAAAACCCAAAUUCCCCCGAGUUCUUCAGAAACCCAAUAUUUGACGAGGCGUAAAGCUUUGAUGUUUACUUCUUCUCUGGUUUCUUCUUUCAUAUAUACAUCUCAUCACUCUGCUACUGCUUUCCAAGUCGACGAAUUUCAGCGAGAUGAAGAUAGAAUUGUUCAGCUCUUUGAGGAAACUUCCCCUUCUGUUGUUUUCAUUAAGGGCCUUGAGUUGGCUAAAGGCUCCAAUGGCUCUACUACGGUGCUAGCAAACGACGAGAAUGCAAAAGUGGAAGGGACAGGUUCGGGCUUCAUUUGGGAUAAGUUUGGUCACAUUGUUACCAAUUACCAUGUCAUUGCUAAAUUAGCUACUGAUCAAAGUGGGCUGCAGCGUUGUAAGGUUUCCUUAGUAAAUGCUAAAGGAGGGAGCAUAGCUAAGGUAGCGAAGAUUGUAGGUGUUGAUCCAGCAUAUGAUCUGGCUGUUCUCAAGGUUGAUGUUGAAGGUGAUGAAGUAAAACCAAUCUCUGUUGGUACCUCCCGUGGCUUACGUGUAGGUCAAAGUUGCUUUGCCAUUGGAAAUCCCUAUGGAUUUGAAAACACUCUGACAACUGGGGUAGUUAGUGGAUUAGGCAGGGAAAUACCUGCACCAAAUGGAGCUGCUAUUAAAGGAGCUAUUCAAACAGAUGCUGCUAUUAAUGCUGGGAAUUCAGGUGGCCCAUUGAUUGAUUCAUCUGGUCAUGUAAUUGGUGUAAACACAGCGACCUUCACCCGCAGAGGCUCGGGUAUGUCCUCAGGGGUUAACUUUGCCAUACCAAUUGACACAGUUAUACGAACAAUACCUUACCUGAUCGUUUAUGGAACAGCAUACAAAGACAGAUAUUGAAAAUAUGCAGUUAGAAAGUUACUUGUGCAUGAUCUGUGAUGAACUUGACCGAAAAGGCUUUUGUUUGGAGCUGGAAGAAAACCAUGUUCUUAACAGCAAGCAACUUCUUGUGGUGCUUAGUCAAUACAUGUUAUUUUAUUGGAAAAAGGGGCAGAUUUGCCCCUCUACUUUCAAAAAUUGUAUACAUUUAACGUCCGUUAUAUUUUCAGACCAAAAACGCUCAUGCCACUAGCAAAGUUGUUAAAAAGAAAUCUAAGCCUAAAGGAGGUCUAUGACCCAGCUUUGCUCUCU